UUCGUCCUCUUCUCCCGAAUUCAGAAUCCGCUGUUCAUAAUAAUAAUGACAAUGACAAACAUAAUAAUCAUAGCACUAACACGAAUGUUGAGAGCUACAGUAACCAGACUAAUGCUUAUGCAGAUACUAAUACCCUAUUCUCUGAAACACCUGAAGUAAAUCCACCUGCCAAUACCAGCAAGAGUGGAGAUACAACCAGCCAUACCCAAGUAUUGGUAGAGGAGAAUACGACUGAAGCACUAAUGGUAGAAUUAAUGAAUGAUGAUGAUAUUGACAUGGAGACCGACCCAACAACAGAACAAAUUUUAUUAGGCCCAGAUGUUGACAACAUUAACCAUAACACUGCAACUAACAAUAAGGCCCAAAAUUCCUCAGAUUCGACUGGACUGUGGAAGGCCUAA